CCUGCCAACCAAAUGGUAAAAUGCGAUCCUCGUCAUGGUAAAUACAUGGCUUGUUGCAUGUUGUAUCGUGGAGAUGUCGUCCCUAAGGAUGUAAACGCCGCGAUUGCCACCAUCAAAACUAAACGUACCAUCCAAUUCGUCGAUUGGUGUCCAACCGGUUUCAAAGUUGGUAUUAACUAUCAACCACCAACAGUUGUCCCAGGUGGAGAUUUAGCUAAGGUUCAACGCGCCGUCUGCAUGUUAUCCAACACGACUGCUAUUGCUGAAGCUUGGGCCCGUUUGGAUCAUAAAUUCGAUUUGAUGUACGCUAAACGCGCUUUCGUUCAUUGGUACGUUGGUGAAGGUAUGGAAGAAGGUGAAUUUUCCGAAGCUCGCGAAGAUUUAGCCGCUCUUGAAAAGGAUUACGAAGAGGUUGGAAUGGAUUCUGGUGAAGGCGAAGGAGAAGGAGCAGAAGAGUAUUAAAAGAAAGGAAUUUCCAUUUAUGCUGUAUUUUUUUUGAUACUGAAUUUUUUUAUCUGAUUUGUUUUUUUAACAAUUUUCUUUUAAUAU